AUGACUGGGGAUUUGAUGUGGGACAUCGGCGAGUUCGACAGCGGAAUGAGGGUAGAGAUGGUUGUUCAACGAGAAGGCCAGCACGAACUCAACACAAUUUCCGUACGAGUUCAGUUUAGCAUGUCGCACAGACGAAACACCAACGGGGCUGCUUUUCUGUCACGACUUGCGUACGGAGCUCUCUUCUGUAGUCGAGCACAUAAGGUCGCCAUGCGAUUGAAUGCUUCAUCGGAAACACUAGCCGGCUCAUCGUAG